AAAAACAAAAGCCUCUUCACAUGAUGACAAUCGGAAAGAGUCCGAUCUUGGGACGUCAUCAUGUUGUCUUCCUAUUGUUGCUUGUUCUCCAAGUCACCGGCCAGCAGCAGCCUAGAACCAUUGGUCCACCGUAUAGUGCCCCAAGACCGAAUCAAGUACCCGCGGUAAUCAUUGGGAUGCUUAUGUUCACGCUUUUAUUCAGCUUGUUGGCUUGCUGCGUUUGCUUUAAAUACACAAGCACAUCUCCUCAUGGAACCAGCUCUGAUACCGAAGAAGGAGGUCUUGGAGAAGUAGCGUUUACGAGGAGAACAAGCCGUGGACUUGGGAAGGAUGUGAUAAAGUCUUUUCCUUCCUUUCUUUACUCACAAGUUAAAGGGCUAAAGAUAGGCAAAGGCGGCGUGGAAUGUGCGAUAUGCCUGAACGAGUUUGAGGACGAAGAAACAUUGCGUUUGAUGCCUCCUUGUAGCCAUGCAUUUCAUGCUAGUUGCAUAGAUGUUUGGCUCUCUUCUCGCUCCACAUGUCCUGUUUGCCGUGCUAGUCUCCUUCACAAACCAGGCAGUGAUCAAAUCUCUUUGUAUCCAUUUAUACGCCCACAUGAUAAUCAAGAUAUGGAUGAUCUUGAAACUGGAAACGCGCGAAGAAGUGUAUUGGAAUCUCCAGAUCAACAUUUGUUAGAUAGAUUGACAUGGAGCAAUAACACCGGGGCUAACAGACCGCCUCGAUCGAGGUCUACAGGGUUAUCAAACUGGAGAAUAACGGAGAUUUUGUUCCCAAGAUCCCAUUCGACCGGACAUUCUCUAGUACCACGUGGAGAGAAUCUUGACAGAUUCACAUUGCAGUUACCGGAAGAGGUACGGAGGCAAUUGAGCCACACGACGACGUUACCAAAAGCUAGGAGUUCAAGGCAAGGUUAUAGGAGUGGUAGCGUUGGGAGCGAGAGAUCAAGAGGUUUUCCUUAUGGACGCCGAUAUAAUCGACGGAACAUUUCUCUUUCUUUCUCUUUCUCUUUUCAAACGGCCUCUCUUCAACCAGCAAAAGGCAAGGAAAAAGAGUUUGGUGAAGGGUCAUUUGAUCGCCUUAAGCCAGAGAUGGUCUAGUCUUAAUUUGUUGACUAUAUUAAGUUUUCUUAUUGACAAGGUUAGAUUAAAGAAAACGUCUGGUGUGUC